UCCUAUUAAACAACACAUUUACCUCAAGAUUAUUAACCAUCAUCAUCAUUUAAAAAUUCUAUUAUUUUUACAAGAACUAACACUCAAUUUGAUUAUUUUGACAAUAAAGUAGAGUACUCACGUUGAUGGAGAUGGAGAGUUAUGUCAAUCCUUUUUAAAAAAUUUAAUUUGGGCUUGGAAUUGCUUUGGUCGCAUUUAUGUGGCCGCCGUACACAAGAAUUGAUAAUCCAAGGUAUAAAUACGAGCAUGCCUACUUACAAUAUUUUAAAAAAUAUAUAAUAGGCCAGUUUAAUAAGAUUUUUAAGAUUUUGUGAAAUACGAGACCCUAUCCCCACGAAAGAAUCCGAGCAAAACAUCGGUCGGGUUACGUGAAAUGGAUCUCCUCUGCAAAUCCUAUUCGAAUACUUCCGAUGAUGAUGACGGCGACGGCGACGGCGACGGCGAUGAUGGUGGUAGAGAAGACCGAAAGGAAAACCUUUCAAUCUAUGAAUUACCUUCAUCGAAGCGACUCAAAUCUACUUAUCAGGCUUCGAAACCGCAAAUUGGAGCACCCCAUUCGCAAAGUAGAGCUCCGAUUACUGGGAGUGGUAGGUAUAUAUCCAAGAGGGAGAAAGCUUUAAUGGCUUCCUUUUCAACAGAUCAGCCUGACUCUCCUCGUAAUUUGACUCCUUCACCUGUAACGGGCAGUAUUUCCAGUGCAUAUUUGCGCCCUGAUGUUCUGUUAUCUUUGAGGAAGCAAGCUAACACUUUUGUUGAGAAGAAGUUACCCAACAAUUUGUCUAUAGAAUUACGUGGGCACGUGAAAGCAGUUAAUACUGUUGAGUGGUCUGCAUGUCAGGCCCACCUUUUAGCAUCUGCUGGAAUGGAUAAUUGUGUCUACAUUUGGAAUGUAUGGAAUGGGCAACAAAAAAAAGCACGUGUGUUUACCCAUCAUAGUUCCGCUGUGAAAGAUGUGAAGUGGUCACCUCGGGGACAGUUCCUACUUUCCUGUGGCUACGAUUGCUCGUCUAAGCUGAUUGACAUUGAGAAGGGUUUGGAAGCUCAGACCUUCAUUGAGAGUCAGGCUGUGAUGGCUAUCAAGUUUCAUCCACACAACUCUAAUCUCUUCCUUUCUGGUGGAUCUAAGGGGCACCUCAAAUUGUGGGAUAUACGAGCAGGAAAGGUGGUUCAUGAGUAUGUGAGACGCUUAGGAUCGAUACUUGAUGUUGAAUUUAUGACCAAUGGCAAGCAGUUCAUCUCUUCAAGUGAUGAAUCACAUAGCAAUCUCAGUGAAAACUCUCUGGUUGUUUGGGAUGUUUCUCGUGAAGUGCCCCUCUCCAAUCAGGUUUAUGUGGAAGCUUAUACCUGUCCUUGUGUUAGAUCUCAUCCUUUUGAUCCAUCGUUUGUUGCUCAGUCAAAUGGAAACUACAUUGCUAUUUUCUCAACUAAACAUCCAUUUAAACUCGACAAGUAUAAGAGGUAUGAAUCUCAUGGCGUUUUUGGUUUUCCAAUAAAGUGCAGUUUUAACUUGGAUGGAGAAGUACUUGCGUCUGGUUCAUCAGAUGGUGCAAUUCACUUUUACAACGUUAAAACUUCAAACUUAAUUAAGAAAAUCAAACUUUAUGAUCAGCCAUGCGUAGAUGUUGUUUUUCAUCCUGUCAUCCCCAAUGUUUUAGCUUGUUGUAGUUGGAGCGGGGAUGUUUCUGUUAUUGAAUAAUGGUACCGAAAAUCCUCUUCAGAAGCAAUUUUUUUUUGUAUUUCUAAUAUGUUAGAAGAUUGACAAUUUACUCAAUAUUUAACCUCAUUAUCUUAACUAACAUGACUUGAUCAUAAAUCCUGUAGUUCACAGGUUUGGUUGACCCUAAUGAGCUGUUGAUAAAAUAGAUGCGAGAAUUAUAUUUAUUUUGAUUAUGAUAAUAGGUUAGUUCGUUGAUGUAGUUGUGCCUGGAGGGACAAGAUUGAGCGUAUGCCUUGAUGAAUUGAACUUGAUAUUUUGUGGUUUGUUUAGGAUCUGUACGCGCACUAGUCACUGCCUCUAGUAUAUAUCCUGCCAUUAGAUUAUAAUAUUUCCAUAUACUACAUAAGAAAGUGAGAAAACUAGGAGGAACCAUGGCAGCAAAUCAGUAUUGAUUGAAUAUUUGCAUUACAACAUAAUACAAUCACUAAACUUAGCCGCCUCUGCUUUCACCAACUCCAUGUUUAAGGCCAUUGUAAAGAAACGCUCGGCAAUCAGAGUCGAACAUCCUCGGUUCACUCUUCUGAUUGACCCCAUGGAGCGCACAGCAACCAGAAUCGGAACAUCUUCAGUUCACUCUUCUGAAUGAUCGCAUGGAGUGCAUAGCACAAAUUGGAACGUCCUGGUUCACUCUUCUGAAUGAGCACAUGGAGUGCACAGCAAUCAGAAUCAGAACACGCUCAGUUCGCUCUUCUAAAUGACCACAUCGACUCCCAAUUUGUGACAACAUUUACUAUGUUUCAAAUUCACAUUGUAAAUACCGUUAGGGGAGUAGUGUUCAAGCCGCUAGAGAAGGAACACAAAGUAUUAAUCCAGUUGAAGAUCUUCGCUGAAGUUUAUAAAAGGUCAUUCGAUAUUUAGGAAAGGUUCCGUGUCUAGUGUUUCAGGUUGGAUUGUUUUCUUCUCUGAUCAAUAUAUUAAUUCAGUUUCUUUUUUACAGUUCGAUAUUUUUUGGAUCAUGUCCGAGUUGAUUUUGAAUCAUUUGUCACCCUAAACAUCAUAGGAUACAUUAUCCAGUCAACCACAAACAGAAAUAAAACCCAGCAAUGAUCCUUGGUGUUCUACCAAGGGCCCAACUAUAUUUUUGAACAGGCUUGUAUUUAAACGACUAAGGAUUUGGUGUUGUGGCAGUGGGCUUAGAGGAGCUGAUGAUUAUAAGGGUUCACUUAUUCCCCUUGAAAGUUAAAAAGGCUCCAUUAUGGGAAAAUUUGAACAAAAUAAGGUUUUUUUUCUUCUAUAAAAAUUCACAAAAUGAAUGACAUUGUAUGGUGUUACUAUUUUGUAUUUUUAAUCAAUAUAUUUUCAUUAAGGCCUUUAGGCGGUGUUUGGCGGGUGGGAAUGAAAAUUAAGACUAAAGUUGAUUGGGAUGUGACUUGAAUUGAGACUUUAAUAUCUCGUGUACUUGUUUGGCAUACGAUAAAAAUAGAUAAGGAAUUAAAUAAAAACUGAUUUUUUUUACAUUGUUCUUCAUUUAACUCUUUACUUUUCUUUACCUUUUAUUAAUGACAAAAAUGUCUUUUUAUAAUUUACUCAAUUCUGAGCUAAAAUUACCAUCUUCCUCCAAGACUUUUUUUUGUGGGACUUUUCUCUUCCCAAAUCUCAAUUCAUGUCCAUGUCACAUUCUUUAUCAAUUUUUAUUCCUUUCGAACAAAUAAGAAAUUUUCUAUAAUCUUACCCAAAAUCUCAAUCUUAAAU